GUUAAAGAUGCUAGUAGAUGGGUCGCAGAGCGUUUCAUCUUCCUCCAGACCACCGGGAAUUCCCAUCGCUACUGUCGAAGGUGAAAUGAACACGAUGGACUCACAACAACGGGAGCAGGUCUCCUUAGAAUCUAGAAACGUAAACAUUCUGAUAAAUGUACAGAAUACGUGCAUUGAUUCUAUACAAGGGCCAACUGGGAACGAAAGUCUCAGUAGUGGAGAAAACUCGCCAGGUCUCGGGCCUAGUAUUAGCGGUUAUAAACCCCAGAGUCAGACAACAGACAUUCCCAUACCAAUUGAAACACAAGCUAGGGCUACCAAAGCGAGAGGCGAAAUGAGUGAAACCUCAUCUCUCGUCUCAACUGUACCGUCAGUACACAUCUCACAAUCAGGAAGCGAAAAUGGGAAUUAUUGUCGAGUCUGUUUCGAAGCCGAAACUUCACCAAAGAAUCCAUUGAUCAACCCGUGCCGGUGUACAGGUUCUGCUGGUAGUAUUCAUCGUCAGUGUCUCGUGAAGUGGAUUCACAUCUCUGGGCAUCGCCAAUGCGAGGUCUGUAAUGCAAGAUUUAACUACGUUCCAGUUGGAGAGAGGUUGAGGGGUGUUGUUGAGAACUUCCGCAGGAAUAAG